AUGAGCUUCUCCGAGCACUUCUCCAUUGCCAACAUUCCCUAUGGGAUUGCGAGUACUCCAAAGCGUCCACGAGGUGUAGCGACGAGAGUCGAGGACUCUGUCAUCUUUCUCGCAGACCUGGACAUCGAGGCUUCCGAGCAAAUCAAGUCCGCAUUGUCCCAGCCGACUCUUAACGACCUGAUAGCUGUGGAGAAGACUGAACUCCAGCUCCUCCGGAGGAACAUCCAGAGGCUGCUGUCCGACAAGUCCACGUUAUCGAAGCAUGGAGUACCCGUCAACGUGGUCCAACUGCACUUGCCUGUUAAGGUCUAUGGAUUCACUGACUUCUCAUGCUCAAUGCAACACAUGCUGAACGCAUCGGAGGCCGUCAUGGGAAAGGCCGAGAUGCCACCAGCGGCGCCCUAUCUACCCAUUGGCUACAGCGGCCGACCAUCUUCCAUUGUCGUUUCGGGAACGAGUAUCACUCGGCCAUAUGGCCAGUAUCGAGACGGGGACCGAAUUAGCUUCGGCCCAACGCGAGCGCUGGACUACGAGCUGGAAGUAGCUUGCAUCAUUGGCAAACCGACGAAACUAGGAAAGAGAGUAUCCGUAUCAGAUGCUGACGAGCACAUAUUUGGCCUUGUGCUUUUGAACGACUGGAGUGCUCGGGAUAUUCAGGGUCUCGAGAUGAAUCCUUUAGGCCCGUUGAAUGGCAAGUCUUUCGGGACAUCGAUUAGCGCCUGGGUGAUCACGCUCGAAGCGCUCGAACCGUUUGCGACACAGCCGCCAGCGAAGGGCGUGCCCGCACAGCCAUACCUCGCAGACAAGAAAGAGAAAUCGAGUUACAAGAUUGAACUAAAGGCCGAGGUAUUGACAGGUGGCGAGGCCACGACGGUCUGUCAAGCCCAGCUCAGCUGGAUGUCCUGGACGUUCCGAGACCUUGUGGCUCAGCAGACGAUCAACGGGUGCAACCUGAACACCGGCGACUUAUUGGCGACAGGAACAGUGUCAGGGACCGGCGACAACGAGCACGGUUGUCUGCUUGAGAUGACUAAAGGCGGCAAAGUUGGAUGGAAAACGAGCGACGGUCAGGACAGGACGUACUUGAAGGAUGACGAUGGUGUACGCAUCAGUGGGUACGCAGGCGGCGGUGUGGGAUUUGGUGAGUGUGUGGGAUUCAUCGAUGCCGCCCUGCCGUUCUGA